GAAUCCGUGUUGUUGUAGGCAUGCCUUGUCCGCGGUGAAAGGUUGAAACGGGGAAUGGGCAGGGUAAAAGACUGCAGGCUCUGCUUUUAAAAGACUCACGUAGAGUAUAAAACUAUAGUUUCUUGCCCAUUGUGAGACGCUCGACACGAGACAGGCUACAUUACGCACAGACGGGGGGAGGGAGAGUUGAUAUUGAAAAGAAAAGAGACCAGUCACAAUUCCAAGUUCACUUCGUCUGGUUGCUUCGGAACACUGCUGAUAGAUUUGGGCAUGUGGGGAACUUUCGGCUAAGUCCGUGAUUUUGGUUUUUGUGCGACAUCACGGGGUGUCAUUGUCACCUUUCUUUUCGUGGCAUUUACAAGGCAUCCACUUAAUUUUUUGCUAUUAUAACGGUACGUGUAAAUUAUAUAUUUACAUUUUAUGUAUUUGGUUGAUGAUGGGAUGCGCUCCCUCUCGGUGACGCAAAAACCUGGACUUUAAGGCAUAUAAAUAUUUCACUCACUAGCUCUGCUUUCCAGUCAGCCUGAGUUUUUUAGGAACUUUUCUGCCUGUGCUUUUUUGAGGCCGCGGAAAUGGGAGCGUGUCAACGGGACGUUGUGUCCGCGCUUUGCCGAAAAAGUUUCCGUUGGAUUGUGCUGCUGCUGUGGCUGACCUCUGCAGCUCAUGCCACCUGGAGGACGGGGCUUUACAAAUAUUCAGCUGGGACCCAACUCAACAGAGAGUCGUCCGCAGCGUCUCAAACCUCUAUUUAUCAAAAAAGGAACUGGUGUCCCCAUACGGUCACUAAGACGGUGACAUGCCAGGUGCAGAAUGGGACAACCCUGCAGCGUGUCUACCAGACAUGUCGCUGGCCACAGGGAUGCACAGGGGGAAGCUACCGGACAGUGGUCAGACCCUCCUAUAAGGUGGUGUACCGUACCAUCAACUCUCUGGAGUGGAAGUGCUGUCCAGGCUACAGCGGCACGGCCUGUGAAGAAGAACCUGGGUCAUACAGACACAACAACAGUAACACACACAGAGGAGACAGUGUGGAACUCCUCAAAGAGUCAGGAAACCAGCUGGUGGCUCAGGAGGCGGUGAGGAAGCCGUCCACUCUCCGCCGACCUCCUGCCUCUGCCCGCACAGAAGCAGGAACAGGGGAGCAGCUCUCCACCAAUUGCCUCAACUGUAGUCGAUUCACAGCCCUGACAGACAGACUCCGCUCACUGGAGGAAAAGGUCCAAGUGCUGUCCUCUCCUGGCUCCACUUCUCACCGCCACCUACAGGGUGAAGAAGGAACGGCACCGGAGUCUUCCUCACAGACAGGGGCUCCACAAACCAAAGGAGCCCCUGGCGAGCAGGGAUCCGUAGGUCCACAGGGCGAUAGAGGCAGAGACGGUACCCCUGGACAAGAUGGGAAGCUAGGGUCUCGGGGACUGCCGGGCCCCAGUGGCCCCAGGGGCGAGGCUGGGAUGAGAGGCCCUUCUGGGACCCCAGGACUAGUGGGACCCAAAGGUCCAUCAGGUCUUCCAGGAGAGAGGGGUCUACCUGGGCUUCCUGGACCUCCUGGACCCCCUGGACCCCCGGCCCCAGCCAGCGCCCGCAUCCCAGAGCCAGACCGGGGUCAGGGCAAGGAGCUGCUCCUCUCCAACACCUUCCCUGACCCACGAGGGAUGCCUGUCCAAGGCCCACAAGGCCCUGCUGGACCUGCUGGUCCUCCAGGCCCCAAAGGCCCCGUGGGACCCCCUGGCCCAGCAGGACAGAACGGGAAGUCAGGUGCCCCCGGGUUACAGGGCCCGGUGGGGCCAGAAGGAGAACGUGGGGAGAGAGGUCCUCUGGGUUAUCCAGGAGAGAGAGGUUUCAGAGGAGAGCCGGGAGUAGCAGGAGCCAAGGGAGAGCCAGGACAGAAAGGCCUGCCGAACAAUCUAAAUGGGGACGGGAUACAUCAGAUCAGAGAAGCGCUGAAGAUCUUAGCUGAGAGGGUUUUAAUCCUCGAGACUAUGAUCGGUAUUCAUGAGCCUGAUCUAGGGUCUGGAGAUGGUCAAUACGGGACUGCAUCCCCAGGUGGUUUCUACAGGGAUAAGCGAGCAGGAGCCAAACCCUAUCGGCUCGUCUCCCCUCCUCUGUCCACAGACACAAAGGUUCAGGGGAAGUAGCAUUGUUCCCUGCUGCAUCUCUGAGGAUCACAGGCUGGGUUUAACUACCCCCUCCCUUAGGUCUCUCUGGCACUCUACUGAUCCAGACCUUAUCUGAUACCCUCUGUGGGCUGUACCAUCAGACGAAAGGUGGGGGACACCUCAGGGAAGCUCCACUGGUGCUCCGGAGUCUGCCCACCUCCAUUGGGAACCAGUACCAGCCACCUUUACCCCAACAUACACCUCCUCGUAGACCCAUGGCUCCCGCUGUGUCCCAUCCCUGUUCCCCCUGUGUCCCACCAAUGUGGCUACAGCUAGAAAAUAUUUCAAGAAAAUAUCCUAUAGGCCUCUGGAAAACAUGCAAACAUUAAAAAGCUUGAUAUGUUAAAUGGUGCUCAAUCAUCUGAAAACAAUUCUGGACUAUAAGGGUCAUUGCAGGAUAGUAUAAAUUGCGGUAAAUUAAAGGAGGAAUUAAGUGUAAAAGAAAAGACUGGCUCUGAGAAUUUGUUUGGACUGUAACAAUGUUGGGAAUCUGAGGUUUACUUAUUUAAAUAUAUUGAGCAUGUACAGACUGCAAGGCACACGUACACAAAAAAAACUCUUCCUCUUAUAUUCCUUUUGUUUUGUUUCUAUAAUAUUGUGUUAGUCCUUGCUAUGUAGUGCACUAUAAAGAUGAAGACAUGGCACACCUUUCCUAUUGAGAUGUCAGUUAGUAGUACCGUUAUGGAAAGCAUUGCUUAUCAGUGCACAGCAUUUGUCUUGGUGUCUGAUAACCAUCCCUUUAAAUCAAACAAAUCCAACAAGAGAUUUAAUGUAUUUAUUUUAUUCACAUUUUAUUGUAGAUUUGUUAGUGCACAAAAAAAUGCAGUUAUGUUUUUCUACACUCUUAGACAGUAUUUGUUCUCAACAGCAGUGCUGGAAUACAAAACUCAUACCCAUAUAGCUAAGUAUCUCCUUUACCAAAACUGAUAUGUGAUCAAAUUCCUGCAUUUAUUUCAAACCCCAAACUGCAGCUCCUGCAUAAACUGGCAGUAGUUGACUUAUUUUAAACCCACAAGCUAAAGCAAUGAUAUCUCUAAGAACCCCCACUCAUGGGACAGGUGUAUCUUUCUCCUACAACAGCUUCAGUCCUACGCACACACACCACACAGUAGUACAGGACCUGUUGAUGCAACUUGAAUACAUUUUUGUGUAACUUUGUACCACUACUACAUUCUUACACUUAGACUGAUUUCUCUGUCACAGUAAAAAAAAAAAAACGUAUUCUUUGAUAAUUUGUUUCUUUAUCUUAUAAUACACAUUUUGUGAAUUAUUUAAUAAAAAGAUAAAUAGAAGCUUAUUGUUUUGUAUGCUGAUAUACAGUAUGUAACAUCAUAUGUAUUUUCCAUUUUGGGCAUAUUUGAUAUUGCUUGCUAAUGUGUUAUUGUGCUAAAAUAAUCUUCUAGAUGGUUUUUAUAAUAAAUAAUUGUUUUGCUUU